ACCUUUCCCCGUGUAUCGUGCACCGUGAACGAGAGUUAGAAAUAGAAUCUAUCCGAGCCUAAAAAGCUCGUUACAAUUAUAUUACCAUCGCCAAGCAUCGGUUCAUCGUUUGCGUGAGAAGAAGGCAUGCUGCUGUACCCCCGUACCCCGUGCUCAAGACAGUGUCAACCUGCAGGCAAACAGUGCCGUGACUCGAUCAGAAUACGUAACGCCACCCGGCAUCCUUUGGAACGGCUGUAGAUAAAGUUUAGUUUAGAGCGAAAAGGUGUUGUGUUCAAAAUUGUAUCAUAAGUGUGUGUGUGCGUGUGCUCCUCUAGAAAGUGGAUAAAAAAUCACAACAGUGCGAGCCGAAAAUAAGUGUAUCGAUACAACCGUAAGCGAAUAAGUGUGUGACAAAACGGGCUUCGAUAGGAAAUGGCACGAAAACCCAUCACGGCAGGGAGCUCGAAAAUCGCGUGUUAACGCCAACCGGCCGAGCGUUUGCUCGCACCGCAUGCAGCACCGCCGAAUGCAGCAGACACCUUUAGCAGCGCGCCCAGGACGGUGAUAUAUCGGCAGGCAAGAUGUCGCAACGCGAUUUUUCAGAGAACGAACCGGAAGGUACGCCGGAACUGCCCGCGGCCAACAGGGCCCUCUUCCUGGAGAAGGUGCGCCAGUCAAAUACCGCGUGCCAGAAUGGUGACUUCAGUACCGCCGUCCAGCUGUACACGGACGCGCUCGGGCUGGACCCGGGCAAUCACAUCCUCUACAGCAACCGGUCGGCCGCCCGGCUGAAGCAGGGCCAGUUUGCGCUCGCCCUUCAGGAUGCGACCCGCGCCCGCGAACUGUGCCCGCAGUGGCCGAAGGCGUACUUCCGGCAAGGCGUCGCGUUACAGUGUCUCGGUCGGUACGGGGAAGCGCUGGCAGCGUUCAGUGCCGGGUUGGCUCAGGAUCCCAACAGCAAGCAGCUGCUGGCCGGGCUGGUGGAGGCUUCGAUCAAGAGCCCGCUCCGACACGCACUCGAACCCACGUUCCAGCAGCUGAAAGCGAUGAAGCUCGAUCAGUCACCGUUCGUGGUGAUUUCCGUGGUGGGACAGGAGUUGCUCGGUGCCGGUCAGUAUCAUGCCGCCGUAACCGUGCUCGAGUCGGCACUGCGAAUAGGUUCGUGUUCGUUGAAGCUGCGCGGUUCCGUCUUUUCGGCGCUCAGUUCCGCCCAUUGGGCGCUAAACCAGCUAGACAAAGCGAUCGCUUACAUGCAGCAGGAUCUGGCCGUUGCCAAGAGCCUGGGUGAUACGGCCGGAGAGUGUCGAGCGCACGGGAACCUUGGGUCGGCCUACUUCAGCCAGGGCUCGUACAAGGAGGCGCUCACGUCCCACCGCUACCAGCUAGUGCUGGCGAUGAAGUGCAAGGACACGCAGGCGGCUGCGGCCGCCCUUACCUCGCUCGGCCACGUGUACACCGCCAUCGGGGACUAUCCGAACGCGCUUGCCUCACACAAGCAGUGCGUGCAGUUGGUGAAGCAGAUGGGCGAUCGGUUGCAGGAAGCGCGCGAGAUCGGUAACGUCGGUGCCGUGUACCUGGCGAUGGGUGAGUUUGACUCCGCGGUCGACUGCCACACCCAGCAUCUGAGGCUUGCCCGCAAGCUGGGCAAUCAGGUGGAGGAGGCACGAGCGUACAGUAAUCUCGGCUCGAGCUACCACUACAAGCGCAACUUUACCCAAGCCAUCACCUACCACGAGAGUGUUCUACGGAUCGCGCAACAGCUCGGCGAUCGUGCGAUAGAGGCGCGAGCGUACGCCGGCCUCGGACAUGCGGCCCGCUGCGGUCAUGACUUUGUGCAGGCGAAACGGUGGCACGAGAAGCAGCUAGAGAUGGCCCUGGCGGCACGGGACAAGGUGGGCGAAGGACGGGCCUGUUCCAAUUUGGGCAUCGUGUACCAGCUGUUGGGAGAGCAUGAUGCGGCACUGAAACUACACCAGGCGCAUCUUACCAUCGCGCGACAGCUGCAGGACAAGGCCGGUAUGGGCCGUGCGUACGGCAACAUUGGCAACGCGUACUCAGCGGCCGGAUACUACGAGUCAGCCAUCAAAUACCACAAGCAGGAACUUAUCAUCAGCAAGGAAGUGCACGAUCGUAGCGCGGAAGCGUCCACGCACGGCAACUUGGCUGUUGCGUAUCAAGCACUCGGAGCACACGAUAUGGCGCUGAUGCACUACCGAGCCCACCUCAACAUUGCUCGCGAGCUGAAAGACACGGCCGGCGAGGCAUGCGCACUGCUUAAUCUGGGCAACUGCUUAAGCUCGAGACAAGAAUUCGCCCAAGCCGUGCCGUACUACGAGCAGUACCUGAUGCUGUCCCAAGAACUCGGCGAUGUGGCGGCCGAAGGUAAGGCGUGCCAUUUUCUUGGCUACGCACACUACUGCAUCGGCAACUACCGGGAAGCGGUACGGUACUACGAUCAGGAUCUGGCGCUCGCCAAGGAUCUGCAGAACAAGAUGAACAUGGGCCGGGCGUACUGUAACCUGGGGCUGGCACAUCUAGCACUCGGGAACACCGGUGGUGCGCUCGAGUGUCAGAAGUAUUUCCUAGCCAUCGCCCACAUGACCAACCACCUGCCGGGCAAGUUUCGAGCGCUCGGCAACAUUGGCGAUGUGUUGAUACGGAUGGGUGAUGUGGAUGAAGCGAUCAAGAUGUACCAGCGACAGCUAGCGCUCGCCCGGCAAACGCGCGAACGCGGCAUGGAGGCAGCAGCUUGUGGAGCGCUCGGACUUGCUCACCGGCUGCUCAAGAAGCUCGACAAAGCGCUCGGUUACCACACGCAGGAGCUAACGCUUCGACAGGAGAUGAGCGAUCUGCCGGGAGAGUGCCGGGCGCACGGACAUCUCGGCGCUGUGCACAUGGCACUCGGUAACUACACACACGCCGUCAAAUGCUACCAGGAACAGCUGGAACGUGCCCAGGAACUGCAGGAUUCGGCGGUCGAAGCGCAAGCAUUCGGCAAUCUAGGUAUAGCGCGGUUAAACAUGGGCCAUUACGAGGAUGCGAUCGGGUACCUCGAGCAGCAGCUCGGCACGUUGGAGCAGGUCAACACCCCAACGGCACAGCACGAUCGUGCGAGAGCUCUAGGGCAUCUGGGUGACUGCUAUGACGCGCUGGGCGAUUAUCACACCGAGGCAAUCAAGUGCCACGAACGGCACCUGCAGCUAGCCAUCGCCCUGCAGAGUCCGCGCGACCAGGAACGAGCCUACCGCGGGCUCGGCAACUGCUACAAAUCCGUCGGCAAUCUGCAGGAGGCGCUCGUGUGCCUCGAGAAACGGCUCGUGGUGUCACACGAGCUGGGUAACCCGGAAGCGAAAGCGGCUGCUUACGGCGAUCUGGGCAGCAUACACAGUGCCCUGGGCAACUUCGAGCAAGCGAUCAACUGUCUCGAGCACCAGCGUGACAUUGCCCGGGAGCUUGGCGAUCGUGUGCUUACGUCCGACGCGAUCAGUGGUCUGGGGGCAGUUUUCCAGCAGAUGGGUGACUACGACGAAUCGUUACGGUUGCACAAACAGGAUCUCGAGCUGGGCGAGACCAUCAACCACAGCACGCUGCAGGCCCGAGCAUGUGGCAAUCUCGGUUCGGUGUACGAUGCGCUCCGGAACUACACGGAAUCCGCACGGUACUACGAGAAGCAGCUAACCCUGACGUCCGAUCGGCAGACGAAGGCACACGCCUGUCUCGCGCUGGGACGCGUGUACCACUCCAUGGAGCAAGUCCCGCAGGCAGUCGGCUUUCUGCGGCAGGGUCUAGCGAUCGCCCAGUCGCUCAACAAGCUGGAGGACGAAGCGAAGCUACGCUACCGACUCGGACUGUCGCUGGUGGCUUCGGGUGAUGAUGAUGCCGCCCGGCAGCAGAUGGAAAGUGCCGCCCAGAUCCUCGAAUCCAUCCGCAGCGAUCAGGUCACACCGGAAGCUCGCACGCUGCUGUACGACCUGCAAACGUCCUGCUAUCAAACGCUGCAGCGUGUGUUGGUUGGGCUGGGCCGCACGGAGGAAGCGCUGGUCGCGGCCGAACGCUGCCGAUCGCGGAUGGGUGCCGACUCGAACCAGAGUGCGGAGAACUCGCUCAACAACCGCAAAACGCUGCUCACCUGCAGCGAGUACAUCUUCGACACGGUCAAUCGCAGCAAAACGAGCAUCAUCUACUACAGUCUCGCCGGGACCGAUCUGUACGCGUGGUUCCUGCAGCCCCAGAAGCGUAUCGUGCGCUUCCACGCGACCAAACUCGACGAACAGACGCUGCCGAUGAUGAAGAAGAAGGCACUGAUGGGACCGGCCGGAACGGGACCGUCGGACAAAAAGGCGGAAGAAGCGUCCGCCGGGGAAAACAGUCUGCUGGAGCAGUACAUCAACUACGUGAGGGAUUGUUUGGGUGUGAAUUCGGGCAGUGUGCUGCAGGAGGGUGACGGUAGCGGGUGGAAGUCGUCGAACGAGAACCUGAUCGAUGACUUCACGAACGAGCGGGCCGGCUUUCUGCGCAUGGUGAACCGGAAUCAUUUGCUCAACUCGAGCAACUACUCGCUGAGCUCGCUGUUCAGUCUCGGCAGUGUCGGUGGCUCCGUUGCCAGUCUGCAGGGUUCAACAAGGUCUAUUGGAAGCCUGCAGGGAUCCACACGGUCGAGACGAUCGAACAUGCUGCCACCGUGGCAAGGGCCGUCCUGUUUGCACGUCCUCUACAACCUGCUGUUGGCUCCUUUCGAGGAUCUGCUGCCAGACAUUAGCACAACUGCUCGUAUCGGGCGCCGUGAGUUGAUUCUGGUGCUGGAGAAGGAACUCUACCUGGUCCCGUUCGCUAUCCUCCGCAGUGGUGACGAAGAUGGCGAAUAUCUCUCGGAACGCUGCUCGCUGCUCACCGUCCCGUCGUUGCACACGCUACGCCAGAAAAGUCGCAUCAAAACGCGUGAACCAGCUGAAGGACUCAACAGUGCCCUCGUGAUCGGUGGACCCAAGAUACCGUCCUCACUGUCGGAGACCUGGGGCUGGUCCGAUUCUCCAGCCUCGCUGCAGGAAGCGGCCAUGGUGUCGGACAUGCUCAACACGAAACCGCUCGUCAGUUCGAGCGCCACCAAAGAGUCGGUCGUUUCCGAGCUGCCGGCGGCCGAAUGUGUUCACUUUGCGGCCAACGUUAGCUGGAAGCUGGGCGCGGUAGUACUCAGCCCCGGCGAGGUGCUCGAUUCACAGUCCCAGAAGCGGUUCUACCCGAACGCCGGUGGUGAGCUGCUGGGCGGUGACAACGACGAAGAGACGACCGAUCUGUCCACCUCGAACAUGGAGAUACCUCCGCUGUCCGACUUUAUCCUUAGCGCUGCGGAUCUACUCUCGAUGAAGCUGACCGCGAAGCUGGUCGUGCUGAGCUCGUACCACUCCGUCGAACCUAUCACCGGCUGCGGAGUGGCUAACUUGGCCGGCAGCUGGCUGUUUGCCGGAACGGGUGCCGUACUCGUAUCGCUCUGGCCCGUCCCCGAAACGGCAGCCAAAAUCCUGCUGCGCGCCUUCUACUCAGCCCUGCUCCAGGGAACGCGUGCCGCACGAGCACUGGCAGAAGCGAUGCAAACCGUGCAGCACACCAAACACUUUGCCCACCCGGCGAACUGGGCCGGCUUUAUACUGAUCGGUGGCAACGUGCGACUCUCGAACAAGGUCGCGCUGAUCGGGCAAGCGCUCUGCGAGCUGAUGCGCACCCCGGACAAGUGUCGCGACGCAUUGCGCGUGUGUCUGCAUCUGGUGGAGAAGAGUCUGCAGCGCAUUCACCGUGGCCAGAAGAACGCCAUGUACACCACGCAGAAGAGCAUCGACAACAAGGCGGGCCCGGUCAGCGGAUGGAAGGAUCUGCUGAUGGCGGUCGGAUUCCGGUUUGAACCAGCCGCCAACGGUAUCCCGUCCAGUGUGUUCUUCCCGCAGAGCGACCCGGAAGAUCGAUUGUCGCAGUGUUCGGCUAGCUUGCAGGCCCUGCUCGGGCUGUCCCCGACCACGCUCCACGCCCUGUCGAAGUUGGUGCAUGGCGCUGAAAUUGCGGACGAGAUUAUCGGUGUGAUGCGGAACGUGGUGGCUCAGUUCCCGUCGAAGGCGACCGAUAACGAGAGUGCAAUCGAUGUGCCGCUCAGCGUACGGCUGUGGCGUGUGUCCGGCUGUCACGAACUGCUCGCAUCGCUCGGCUUCGAUCUGAUGGAGGUGGGGCAGGAUCAGGUGACGCUGCGCACGGGCAAACAGGCAAACAGGCGCAACUGUCAGUUCGUGCUGCAGGCGCUGCUGGCACUGUUCGACACGCAGGAAGCUCCGAAAAGCCUCGGAAUCGAGUCGAGCAGCAGCUCGGAAUCGCUGAACGAGGAGGAAGAAUCCGACGAGCAGGGCACGCAUCAGCAACAAUCCAUCCAGCAGCAGGCGCAACAGCAAUCCCAGCAACAGUCCACCCAACAGCAGCAGCAACAGCAGCAGCAGCAGCAGCAGCAACAGUCUACGCAGCAGUCGCAACAGGUCCAGCAGCAGCUGAAGGCGUCCUCCUCCGGUGCGAGUCCAACACCGACCAGUGGCGACUCACAGCAACGGAGCAUCUCGCCGGCCGUGACGGUAAAAUCGCAAACCAGCUACAACUUCUCCCGACCACCGUUGCCACUGCGACGCGUCCCGUUCCUGAGCACCCGCAGCGCCUUCAUCUCGUACGUCCGGCGUCGCGGUGAACCGGACGGUGGCCAGACCGACAGUGCGCAGUCCGUUUCGGGCGGAAAUCCCGUCCCGAAUGGAAACGUGCUCGAUACGAGCCUCGCCAACACCACCGACAGUGAGCUAUCCGAUGGCUAUACCACGCAGCAGAUUCUGCUCAAAAGUGACCACCUCGCGAAGGGGCUCGGGUACUCGAGUUUGCGCGGCACGAUCAAGGUGUCCCGACCGGGCGGUGGUGGCGAAAGUGAUGCCGCCUUCACGCCAAGCCCGCCGGUUACGAUCCAGAACGUGGAUCAGAACGUGUCGCUGGCGUUGGCCCACCAGACACGCAUCAAGAAUCUCUACACCAACAAUGGCAACGUGCACGGUGGGAUGGCGGGUGCGAUGAACGGUGGUGUCCACGGUCCAGCAGCAUCUGCGCUCGGUGCGGGAGGAUACACGCUGCCGGACACUCUUCGCGAUGGUGUCCAUCAUCAUCCGAAUCCGAGUCAUCAUCGCCGGCCGGAUAGUUCCAGUUCUGCCAGCUCGGCGACGGAUUGGGAAGGGUCGGGCCAUGCGACUGUGUUGCGACGGGCGGCCCACCAAGGCCAUCACUUACCGCCACUGCCACCACCCCGACAGACGCUCCCAAUGGUGGAGAGUCUACGGCCGCUGGCACCGCUUGCUCCGGUGUACAACAACAUCAACGGAUCGGUCGGUCCUGCCGUGGGUCCGGCAGGCAAGAGCUCCGUCCCGAACGGUGGACAGAAAUCGCUCUCGGUCCUCGAGUCAACCAGUUCCGAUUCCGAGUUUGAACGAUCGUUCGAUCUGCCGGCCGGAUCGUCCAAUGCGGCCUCCAUCAGUAGCAAGCUGACGUCGUUGGCCCACAGCCUUCAGAGUAUGCGGACGCGCAACAAGCUGAAGCUAGGUCCUCAACCGCACGGACAGCAUCUCCAGCAACAGCAGCAACAGCAGCAACAGCAACAACAACAGCAGCAACAUCAACAACUCCACGGUCAACAGCAUCAUCACGGUGCGUCCAGCGGGUCCUCCACAACGACGAUGUCCCGCUCGAAGCUUCCAGUCGAUCAGUUUGGAUUCCUCGAUCGACUCAGCUGCCGGACGGAGAUAUCUUCCUCCGCCACGCUCGCCAGCCACGUUGCACCUCCCAGGAAACCGCUCUCGACCCUGCCGGACGAUGAGCGCACACUGAACCUGAACGCCAACAAGCUCUACUUCUCCCCGACCGAUGCCGAGAUGCUUCCGCUGGCGGAAGCGUCCCCAUCGGAUCUGGGUCUGGGCGCCAAACCGCACGCCCCAUCCAUGGGACAGCCGAUGGUGGGAUCGUCCGGUGGCACACUGGGCGUUCCGGGAGCUUCCAGCAAAGACGGCUCCAAAUCCAACCAGAAAACGAUCCAGGACUCGAUCCUGCGACACAUGUCCCGCGAGAUGACGCCAACCAUCUCGGAAGUGUACCACGAACGCAACAUCGGGCUCGGACUGGCCCCAUCGCUGUCGAAGCUGCUGCUCAGCAAGAACUACGACGAAUCGCCCGAUCUCGGCAAGGGUAGCAACACGGUGACGGUGGUAGCAACUUCCGCCGCGGCAGCCGCUUCCCUGCUCAACAAACCGAGUGCCGCCCUGACCGUGGGCAAUCUGGCCGAAGCGAUGAACGAGAUCGAGAUGAACGCAACCACCUCCAGCAAGCUGGACGAAGGCGCCUGCGGCAUCUGUCACUCGCCGUCCGAUCUGCUGUGUGGAUGCAGUGCCACCUCCACCGUAGCGGCCGUCGCCGCCAUGACAGCAGCACUGGGGGCCAACACAAUGGCAAAGAAAUCGAGCUCCAACAAACCCUGGCUCAGCAACGUGUCGCCCAACAUCGUGAAGGCGAGCGAUCUUACCACCGCCGACAUACUCGAGCAGCAGAAGCAACUCAAAUCGUCCGUCAGCAGUGGGCUUACCAGCAAUCUGUCCUCCUCUACGGAAAACUCGCUUUCGACCGUGGUGAAACGGAGCGGGUCACCGUUUUCCGACCUAUCGCGACGCGACGAAGGGGACGGCCGGAGUGUCGCCGAUUCGCAGUGCUCCGGUAGCUUCCGAACGGACAUUACCGGAUCCACGGUAACUAACUCCAAGAGUCAGCAGCAGCAGCAGCAGCAGCAGCAACAGAAGCAACAGCAGCUACAACCACCACAACAACUACCAUCACAGCAGCCCGGCGGUGGAGAUCCGAACGGGUCAUCUGUACCGUCGUCCGGCCCCAUGACAACCACGACUACCGUAACGCAGCAACGCGGAAAAUACAUCAUCGAUACGUGAGACCGCAUGUCCGAUAGGCGCGUGUAUUAACUCAGCAGGCCAUUUUGUAUGAGUGUGACUAGACUAGACUAGAAGAUCCGACUGACAGAUAGAGUGUGUGUGUGUGUGUGUAAAUAAUUUUUAACGUUUGCGAGUGAUUAGUGUAAAAAUACGGAACGAGUUAAACAAUAAGAGUAGCAUUUUAACCUUCACCCCACCAAUACCAUUUUGUACAGGUACAGGAAGUUGUAUUUGAAACCCCCCGUACAGACACGACGGACGGAUAUUAUUAACUACAGUUUAACAUGAUAUUUAUGUUCGGCUGCUGUACCACCACACGACGUACUUGAACGUUGCGUUAAGUUAUUAAAUCAUAACGGGUGGAUCGAUUCCAUCGAAUUUUAUAAAAACAAA